GCGACGUCAUGGCAGGGAUGGCGCGGUAUGAGAGAGAGCCGUUGGCACCUUUGCGUGAGGGUCGGACCUUCAACAAGGUCCAUCGCACUCAGGCCGGCAGCAGCACUCUCCGCGCCAGGAUCCUCCAACUCGCUGAGAACGGUAGGUACACACACCAUCAUGGCAGACGCACACAUCACAAUGGGCGGUGGGGCAAUCCAUCCAGCCGAUGGCCUGCCUUUCUGCCGUUCAGACGCGAUAUUGACGUGGAAGAAGACGCGCCUGGCGCAGACGCCGCCGUCAACAGGAUGGAGUAAGGUGGCACCGAUGACCGCACCGCAUGGCGCCACAGAUCCACCCCUGGAUCUGGCUGGAUCUACCGUUUUGUCCAUUGGUUUGCUCUCAUUCCCUCCUUGCCUGCAGUCAGCGUCGCGUCGAUCGUGGCGGUGCGGCCCGGCAACUCGUGGGUGAGAGCCCAGCAGGAGCAGCAGGACGCCCCGGCAUACGCGGCAGGUCCAGUGGGGAGCAAGAACGACAAGGGCCUCACCAUCGAAUACGUCGCCGCAGACAGGACACGCACCAUCGAAAUCUGCUCUGACGACAGCGUGAGCACACAGAGCGACCACACGAAGCAAUCCGCGGAGGUGUUUGGUGUGAUGUGGUGUGGUGUGGUGGUCAGAAUGCGUUGCGGGAGUGGGAGGCCGGUCUGAACAUCCUCAUUCGCAAACACCACGGCAACGCCAUACCGCCGCGACCACCACAUCCCUCACAAGCACGUAAGAAACGACGAAGCGAUGACUUGCGUAAGACGCACUUCAACCAACACGUUCUGUUGUCAUCUCUUUUUGCCAGCCGCCCUGUUUCCCAUGGACAGCGUGGCGUCGAGCACCAUGGACGGGGUCGCCAUCGACACACCAUACACCCACAACCACCAGCAGCAGCCGUAUCCCCACCCUGCGGCGCAGUCCAUCCAGCCGCCCAUCCCCAAACACCCGGCGGCCAGCACAUCGCCGCUGGGCAACGGAGGUGUGCACACAGGGGGCCAGGGAGGGGGAAUGGGGAGUGCGGGUGCAGUAGCUGUAGGUCCGGGUGCAGAGGAGGCCGCUGGUGGGGCGAGUGGGGGUGGUGCGGUUCGUGGGCGUCGUCGCAGUUCGGGCAACGACACCAUUGUAAUCGUCACGGCCAUCAAAGAUUUCGUUUCGGUACGCACGGACGGGGCAAAGAGGAAGGGUCUACGCCACAUCGUGUGGAGUGUGUGUUGUGAUGUGUGUGUUGUGAUGUGUGUGUUUGGCCACUUAGAGUGAUAGCCGUCAGUUGUCGUUUCGCCGUGGCGACCGUAUCGAUGUGGUGGAGGUGCACCCGUCGGGCUGGUGGGGCGGACGCAUCGCAGACAAGGUAUCUAUGGAGGGUGCAUGCCACAUACAUCUCUGGACAUCUGCGCACCGCUCUUGUGUGUCUGUAUAUUUGAUGCAGACGGGCUGGUUCCCCCAUGUGUUCACCAAGAAGCCAGCAGGCUUUGACGACAGCCAAUACCUGACGCAACCCCAACAAAACGACGCGUGAGUGAGGACGGGAGAUGACAUCCACACCUCAGAGAUGGACACACACCACACGCUCCCCGUCUGUGUGUCGCAUGCAUCCAUCUCCCCAGGGCCUCCAGUGGCAGCGGUUCGCGAGUGGUGGGGGUGACUGGUGCUGCAGGGACGCCCUGCCGCCAGGAUGAGGACAAAGGCGCCGACACGGCUGCAUCAGCGCCGCAACAGCAGCAGACCCCUCCAGUAUGUGCACAACACAAGAGAACACAUCUACAGGCGAUUCUUGCCAUGUGUGUGCUGUCCUUUUGGCCGUUGGUGUUUGUCUCUCCUCAGGUUCGUGCACAGGGGUGUGGCGGUGCUGGCGGUGGCAGCCCCAGCACGGUGUUCCCCGGUCUGACUGCCAAAGACACCCGCCCCAACCCACUGCAACAGCAACAGCAGCAGGAGCCCAAACAGGCUGGACAGAAGCCACACCAAACAUCAGAAAGGGUACUCUCGCCACUCAACACACUACACACGCACACAGUUCCACCGCCUUUGUGCCUCUCUUCCUCCUCAGGAUGGCGACCAUCCCUCUAGUGGCUCCGCUCGCGGCAGCCAGGCCUCCAAUGUCUUCACCUUCGCCCCCCGCUCGUCAGCCAUCAACCAGGACCAACAGCCCGCCCCACACUCACACACACACCCGAGCAGCAGCAAGACCAGCACCGAGCCAGCAGCCCCAGACAAGGAGGGCCGCUCGAUGAAGCGCCCCAUCGGCGAGGGCGAUGAGGUGCGCGCCAAGCGCCAGUCUGACGGCCGGCGGUCGACCCACCCGCCCCGGCACCUGCUCAACGACGAGGGCCAGGAGGGCCCUGGGGUGUUGGGUGAGGAGUGGGGGAAGCCCAACCCCGACGCACACGGGGAGUUCUCCGCCAACUUCGAGGCGUCUUCACAGCAAGGGAAAGGGAAGCGCAUGAUGGUGUCUCGUGUGGUCAAGGAGGGGAGGGAGGGCGAGCUGGUGGGCGAGGGGGGUGGGGGUGAGGAGGAGCCGCGGGAGGUGGACGGCAUAUUCCACUUCCGGGCUGAGGGGCGCAUAGAGAAAGUCGACCUGCACAAGGAGACGGUCAGCGAACAGACGGGGGCAUUGUUGUGGUGGACAUCUUCGUAUCGUUUAUUGUUUGCAGAAGGGGUCUCUCUUUGAGAAGUACAAGUUGCUGGCCAAGGACUACGAGACCAACUCAUCUGAAAAAACCGAAAACCUCAAGGCAAGACAGACUGAGAGACCCUACCCCCACAGCACAGAUCAUUCUCUGUAUUCUUCUGUGUGUAUGCAGGCGUUGAACGAGUUGCGUGAGGGUCUGGGCAGCCGCGACACCAAGAUAGCCGAACUGGAAGCCGAAAUCCGAAAGCUACGGUACGCAAUCAACAGAGGAUGGCCAAACACCAUCCACAGACAUGUCUGUGAUGAUGGUAUGUCUGUGUGGAUGUGUGGGCAGUAGCGAGAAGGGCAUCUGGUCGGGUAGCCGCUAUGGCGACGGCAGCCGGACGGCCCGACCGGAGGUGGCGUCAGCUGCCCAUGACCAGCAGCAGCAGCAGCAACAAUACAUACUCUUCGGGGCCAACCCACAAGCAGAGGUACGUCAGCACACAAGAGUCAGCGAGAGAUUGUGCCGCCUAUGCAUUGGUGUGGUGUUGGGUGUGUCAUUCAGGCUGCGUUUCAGCGUGUGUUGGAGGUCGAGAAGAAGAAGAUCAUAGACGAGGACAAACGCCGACUCGACGCCGUCAAGAGCACCAUGCAGGACAAGGUACCUUUACACACACAUAGACACACGACCACCCCCACCCCCACACACCCUCCUGUGUCUCCGUGUGUGGUCUGUCUGUCUGUGCUGUGUGUGCAGAUAGAUGCGUUGGAGUGUGAGAAGAAACACUACCAGGACUACCUGCGAUCCAUAGACCCGUGCGCACAACAUCACACAGCACACCAACCGCCCUGCACAGCUUUAUGCAUAUCCGCAUGUGUGCCCUUGUGUGUGUUGUGUGGUGGUCAGUUCGAUGGACGAGCUCAAGUUGGGUCACAUAGCAGCCGGUGAGGCCGCCAAGGGCGGCACACUCCCCAACUUCGCACACCUGCGGGCCUCAUUCGACGACAAGGCCACCACCAAGGAAGUACAAAGAGAACUUGACCGUUCACGGUAGGGAGACACAUGGUUGCAACACACCUCCACCCAUCCACUCACACACCUGAUAUCACGUCAUUUUGUGUUGUCCAUCAAUCCGUCAGGAAUGAGAUCCAUCGGCUGCAGCGUGAGCUGGAGAGCGAGCGCCAGAAGGCCGCAGCACAGCUCAUUCGGUUCAGGCAGCAGCAGGGGGGCGACCACCCCCAGCAGUCCAUCACGGCCCCCCUGGCCCGCCAAGGCAGCCCCUUCACCACACCCAUACCCCAUAUAGAGGCCCACCUGCCCAUCAAACGCACCCAUCUCGGCGGCCACCAUGACUACGGCACUCCCUCACCUGUCAUGCACCGCGAGGAGGUCAGCUCGGCGUCGGCGGCUGUGCGUGUGGGCAGGUCGGCAGUGGACGUGGGCGAGGGGCGCCAGGCCGCAGAGGACAUCGACCAACACGACAGACAGGACGACAUGUACAAGACGCCAGGUGACUGACUGACUGACUGAGUGGAUGAAUGAAUGAAUGAAGACAGACACUCGGCCGGACUCUUUCUGUGGGUCUCUUGCUGUUGCCUGUUACAUGCAGCGUUGUUGCUCAAGCCGGACCAUCCAGACUCCCCCUCCCCUGACAACGGCAGCCGUCCCCUGGGCAGCCGCCCCGCCAUGAUAGACAUGAAGGAGCCCGCCAGCCCAGCCGGGCCAGGAUGCGCCGCGGGCGCACUCGACAUCGACGAGGGGCCCAAGUCAUCGGUUUUCGAGCUCGCCAAGAAGUUCGGCACAUCCCCCCCGUCGACCAGCCGGCUGCCCGUGUCGUCAUCUGUGGUGCAGAAGGGCAACAACGACAAGGGCGGGGCGGCGCUGCGGGACGUCUCCCCUCGUGUGGGCCACGGGGUUGGCAUCUUCGCCACCACCGGCCAGCACCAGCAGCACCAGCAGCAGCGUCGGUUGAUGGGCGGUAUCUUCACGGCCGGCCGCAAGAGCAUCGACAAGAAGACCCCCCCGGCCAGCAAGGGCCUGAUGGGCGGCCUGCUGUUCGGCAAGCGCAAGCACGCCACGCAAGAGGACGCCAAGGCACCCGGCGCCACGACGCAGGAGGAGGACCACGGCAACCGACAUCAUGGGCAGCACAACCACAUCAACAUGAGCGAGGCGGGCCGCAUGUCCAUCCACCAGCACGGAGAGCAGCAGGGAGAGCAGCAGCAGGGAGAGCAGCAUCAGGAGGAUGACGACAACCAGGAGGAGCCGGCCCCCGAGGGCCAGCUCGAGGGCGACACACAGCAGGGUGAGGGGGGAGCAACGGGUGCAGCAGCGGCAGUAGAUGGGGGCAGUGGUGACGGCAAGGCGCCUCGCAAGUCGGUAGAGCAGCUCAAGGAGGGGCCCUCGGUGCUCAGCAGGGCCGCACGAUUCGAGAAGAAAUGAAUGUGGCAGGGGGGUAGGUGGGAUAGGGUGGGGAGGGUAGUGCACGUCUCGGGUGUUUGCAUGUCUGUGCCUCUGUGCAAUUCACAGAAAGAUAGCGAAUCGUGUGUGGGUGAGUGUGCCGUUAUAAAGGGGGCGGGUGGGACUGGAUGGAUGGCUGGAUGGAUGGAUGGCUGGAUGGAUGGAUGGCUGGAUGGACGGAUGGAUUAGCAGCGUGGCGGGGGAUUUCCGCAUCGUGAAGAUGCUUAGCGUAGAACAAGGGUCUCUCUGUCUGCGCCAACUUGCCUUGACCGUCUACUCAACCAAACCAGACCAUCUCUGUCGCUACCUACGGCACGAUGCAGCAUUCACACACACGGUGUGGCUGGCCAGAUGGAUGGAUGGAUGGAUGAUAGCACACAGGGGAGGUUGGGAAUAGGAUAGCCGACUGCUACAUGGAUACAUGGGUACAUGGGUACAUCGGUGAGGGAGACACUUAGUGACACCAGGGCUGCCUGACGGACAAACGGAACAGGUCAUGACAUCAACAACACAUUCGAAGGGAA